AUGCCUUUCUCCGCGUCGGCGGUGACCAACCCCAACCCGGGCUCGCCGGUCUUCUCCCCGUCCCGCCGCCUCCCGCCCUCCCUCCUCUCCUUCAACAAGGACACGCCGGAGCCGCACCACCAUAUCCAUACCCUCCCGGGCUCGCCGCUCAGGCUCAGACCACCCUCCCUCCUCCGGGCCCAGCACCAGCACCAGCACCAGCACCGUAGGGAGGUCCCCUGCUCCCCGUCGCCAUGCAAGCCCACCAGCCACCAGCAGUUUGCAGCCGUAACGACGACCGCCAUAACUCCGUCGCCGUCGCGGCUCGUCAACCGCCGACGCCCGCCGCCUCUCCUUGUCCCCGCGGUCACCACCCUACAGGAACAGGAGCAGCAGGAGGAGGCGGGGCAUGAGACCCAGGAGACCGCGGGCCACGGCUUCGCGGCCUACUGCCGGAAGGGCAAGGGACGGAGGCGGAUCCACAUGGAGGACCGCCACGUCGCCGCCGCCGGCCUCGGGGGAGACCCCCACACGGCCUUCUUCGGAGUGUUCGACGGCCACGGUGGCAAGGCCGCCGCCGAGUUCGCCGCCAACAACAUGCCCAGGAUCAUGGCGCAGGAGCUGCUGCAGCAGCAGCAGCAAACGCGCACCUGCAGCACGAACACAACCACGGCCGUCGAGGAGGCCGUGACGCGUGCCUACCUAAGGACCGACGCCGACUUCUCCUCCACCUCCAGGGCGGGCGGCGCCUGCUCCGUCACGGCGCUGCUCCGCAAGGGCCGCCUCGUUGUGUCCAACGCCGGCGACUGCCGCGCCGUGCUAUGCCGCGCGGGCAAGGCCAACCCGCUCACCUCCGACCACCGCGCGUCCCGCGAGGACGAGCGCCGCCGGAUCGAGAGCCAGGGCGGCUUCGUCAUCGACUGCCGCGGCACGUGGCGGGUGCAGGGCUCGCUGGCGGUGUCCAGGGGCAUCGGCGACGGGCACCUCAAGCCAUGGGUGCUGGCGGAGCCGGACACCACCACGCUGCCCGUGGACGCGGACUGCGAGUUCAUCGUCCUCGCCUCCGACGGCCUAUGGGACAAGGUGGACGCGCAAGAAGCGGUGGACGUCGCGCGCCCGCUGUGCUGCACCGGCGGCCAGCAGCUCUCCGCGGCCUGCAGGCGGCUGGUCGAGUUGGCGGCGUCCAGAGGCUCCACCGACGAUAUCACCGUCCUCAUUGUCAGUUUAUCGGCGAUGAGCGACGACUUAUACUUAUAG